CGUCAACAAAGUCACAGUGCCGUGUUGUGGCCGCUGCCUGCUUGCGCCACGUGAGGCUGCCACCCACUGCCCUGUGAGUGUGAGAGGCGAGUGUUGCAGUGGCAUUACUCUGAUUGCUGCACGUUACUUUAGUGCCGCAAGAGUGUGUGAAGGCGCCAUACUCACUACAACAUCAGUCAAAAUGUGUAGCGUUGACCCAGAUGGAGUUAUUGAAAUGACACGAGCCACAGGAACCUUAGACAUCAGCAAAGGGGAUGUGAUGUGCCGCAAGUGUGCCAGUGCCGUGGCUGAAGUUGUGCUGAGAGUGAGAGACGCGUACUGCAGGGACUGUUUCCUGGCGUAUUUCACACACAAAUUUCGCUCAACAAUUGGAAAAUCAAAGCAGAUCCAUCCUGGGGACCGAAUACUGGUGGGCCUUUCUGGUGGUGCUUCCUCCACUGCAUUGCUUCAUCUUAUCAGAGAAGGACUUCAGGAAAGCUCACACAAGAAAUUGCGUUUUGAUCCUGUUUUCCUCUACGUAGAUGAGUGUGUCUUGUUUGGAAGUGUGGAUGAAGUGUGUGAUCAUGUGCACAAGGUUGUUGAACAGGUGGCCUCCCUGGGAUUCCAGUGCUAUGUAGCAGCGCUGGAGCAAGUCAUGGCAUUGCAGCCCGUCCUGCCAGUCCUCAGGACACAGGAAUGGAAGGAAAUGAAGCACACAGUUGAUGAAAAUCUUAGAAAGAAAUUUUGUGAACUUUUUACUUCAUGUAAGAGUGCUUCAGCUCAGCAAGAUUUGCAUGACCAGCUACUUCAAACUGUGCUGAGGCAGUGUGCUCAUUCUUUGGGAUUCAGGAAAAUGUUCCUGGGUGACAAUUCCACAACUUUGUCUGUGCGCAUUCUGUCACAGGUUGCUUUGGGAAGAGGUUCUCAGCUUCCUGCAAGAGUGCAUUUUAAAGCAGCUUCUCAAAGUGUAGAGGUGUACCGUCCAAUGAGAGAACUUUUAGAGAAUGAAAUUUUACAUUACCUAAACCUCCAAGACAUCACUGUAUUAAGACCUCCAACUUUUCAGCCCAAAAACACCAGUAUAGCAUCCUGUACAGAGGAGUUUGUCCGAUCAUUGCAAAAUGACUUUCCAGCAACCAUCCCAACUAUUUUUCGCACUGGUGAUAAACUGGUAUCGACAACCACUCAGGCUGAAAAAGAACAUGACUCUAGUGCUGAUUCCCUUACAAGUGAUGACUUUUGUGCACUUUGUGGAUCAACCUUAGAUACAGAAAAAGGAGAAGCUUCUGCUCUUCAUGCUACUGUUGUAUCCCAGAAAUAUUCAAGUAAGAGACCUCAGGAAAUCAAUGCAGUUCCUGUCCAAGAAUGUGGCAAAGUAAAGAGUGAUGGAGAAACGUCCCCAGAUCCUGGUGGUGGAAUGUGUGGUUGUGCCAAAGCUGGAGGAGGUUGUAGCAAGACAAACAUGAAUGUGGACCAAAAAUGGGAGAUGUCCAAAACAUUGGAGCAGUGCCUGUGCUAUGGCUGCCGUGUUACUCUGAGAGACUUGGCUGACACAGGUCUUCUGCCAGCCAAAGUGCAGGCAACAGUGGCAGAGCAAAAGCAGCGCAAAAUCAUGAAAGAACAAAUUCAAGACUUCUUGCUGUAGAAGCUUACAAAAGAGAGCACUUGGCUUUGAAAGGACAAUAAAUGACAAUAUGUUACAGAAAGGUAAAAAAAAGUUAUGCCUUUAGCCAAUAUUUCCAUAUAACAAUAGGGAAAAAAAUAACUUAAGAAUGUCAUCAGAAAAUACCAUCAUGAGGUACUAAAGGGUAUUGGGUGUUGUAGUUUUAAUUGAUAUUGUGUACAAACAGUUUUAUGUUUCAGAAGUUUUUAUUUAUAUAUGCAAACAUAUAGAUAGAUAGAUGUUAGUAUUAGUUGUGAUUAGUAAUAAGAUAUUAAAAUUGAAGACUUUU